AUGGCACCCUCGAUACAUCAAGAUGUCUUGACAGUCGCAGCUCAGACACCACAUUUGCUCUCGGCAGCUCUAGCACUAUCUUGUGACCAAGUACGGCGACUCCGAGGCAAUGACUCGAUCGAGCUGCAGAACCGAGCAUCAUUCUUCUUACGCAAAGCAAUCACAGGGUUGAGAAAGGCUAUGAACGAUCCAACAGAGGCCUCCAACUUCUCCACAAUCUGCACUGUACUGUUUCUCUGCACAAAUGAAGUCAUGGCUGGAAACACAAUGGCCAUGCGUACCCAUCUACACGGUGCAGAAAACUUACUAUCUAUUGCGCUUGGGAAGAACAGGCACGAAGCCGUUACAGAUCUGGAUGACAAAAAGCUGUUUCUUAUUCGCUGGUUUGCCGUUGUGGAUAUCUUUGCCAGCAUCAUGAGUCUCGACAAAACUACCUCUUCCGACGGCCAAUUCUGGAAUAUUGGAGCUCCAAGUGGCACUUCCUCGCCACAGCACAUUGACGAGUUUGUCGGUUUCUCGUUGGAGCUGAUGCCAGUUCUCGCUCGCAUAGGCCGUAUGGCACGUCUACAGCGCCGUCGCAAGGCCUUGGGAUCUUCGUUGGGCUCUGGCUAUGCCGAGAUGGCAGACGAUCUGGACAUGCUGUUGGCAGACAACAUCCUGCUUACCGAGCAACAACUUUCUCUUUUGUUCACUCGCGCAUCAUCGCCUUCGCUGUUGCACACUCAGGAUCCCCUGCUUGUUGACGAAGCAGUCUACGUACACCAGAUGUUCGUCCACGCCGCUCUUCUGCAUCUAUACCGUCGCGUACAAGAACUACCGGAGCUUGAUCCCAAGCCAGCAAUAGCACUAGCUUCUAUGCUAGAUCUGCUAGGAAAGCUGAGGCCAGAGUCACCCGCCAACGUCUUGAUCCUCUGGCCAUUAUUCACAGCAGGAUGUGAGGCUGAAGAUCCAGAGCUGAGAAACUAUAUCGAAGUUUGCAUGGGCCGUAUUCGAAACUAUGGUUGGGGCAAUGCAGAUGCUGCGUCAGCAGCUCUACGAGCCUAUUGGGAUGAAAGCAAUGGCGAGCGCUGGGACGUGUUCCUCGAGCGCAGAGGUUUCGAUGUCGUGCUCUUUUAA